AUGAAUUCAAAAGAGAACGCGAAGCUCUUAAGUGGAUUUGAUUGCCGUGGUCCAAGGAGAAUUGAUUUGAAUCGUUCACCACUUUCCUCGAUCAAGAAUCAUCAACUUAACAUUCGGUCCAUAUCUGAAGAGGAUUCUGUUUUUUUCAAAUUCCCUGGCCCACUUGAUGCGAACAAAUGCGAUGCACAAGAUGUAUCUGAUAUUGAAUCCGAUGAAUAUCAAGAAUCAGUAUCAACGGCGAAGCGUUUUAAAAAGCGUUAUCAUUGUAUUUCUCCAUUUACAGAAGCUGAUUUGCAACUAGGAUGGUCAACUAAAUGUUGUCGUGGUGUUGGUCUGAUCAAUACAGAUAAUUCGAAACGAUGUUUGAACAUCUGCUACAUAAACUCAGUUCUUCAAUGUCUUGCUUACGCACCAACGUUUACUCAAUGGAUAUUGAAUGAUUGUUUUCAUGAUCGAUGUUAUCUGGCAGAGAACAGUGACUUUUGCUCCGUAUGUAUUUUAAAAGGUAUUAUCGAUGAUAUUCAUCCAAAUAAUUACGAACAGAAUUAUUCUUAUUCGGAAUUGGCACAAGCAUCAGCUGUUCCACUGGCACAUAAAAUCAGAGAAAUUUCUCAUAGCUUUGUUCCACGUCGUCAGGAAGAUCCUCAUGAAUUUCUUAUAGCUCUUUUCAAUCAUAUGAUACAAUGUCUUUCUUGUCGCGACUUACCCUCAUAUUCGACAUAUUUAUCCAGUCCACUUCAUCGCAUUGUUGGUGCCAAUAUUCAAUCGUCAAUUACGUGUUCUGAGUGUUUGAAUAAACGCUGUACUGAAAAUUAUGAAAGUGUUUGGUCGAUUUCCAUUACACGAUGUUCUAAUUUAAACGAAGCUUUGAAAGAGUUUUGUUCAGAGGAAACUUUAAUGGACGAUAAUUCAAUUCAUUGUUCUGUGUGCAGUGGAAAUAAAUCAGCAACAAAGAUAUUGCAGCUGAUUGAUUUAUCACCUGUUCUUUUCAUUCAUUUAAAACGGUUUGCGUAUGAUCAGAAGGCAAAAGUAACUAGAAAAAUUAAAACACAAUUUUUCUAUCCAGAAAUAUUCGACUUUACUUCGUUCAUGGACAAAAGUGUUUUACGAAGAAAUUACAAAAACCACGAGAUGAAUCAUUUUAUUUAUCAAUUGAGCGGUGUUACAGUACAUCUGGGCGAUAGCCCUCAACAAGGUCAUGUCUUCUCGUAUGUCAAAACGUCCGACAAUGAGUGGUACAAAGCGAACGAUGAAUUGAUUACGGCAACUACUCGAGAUUGUGUUUUACACGAAAACAAUUCUUAUAUAUUGUGUUAUUCGAGAUUAUCAGAAGAAGAAAUCAAUGAUUUAGAUGUAAAUGAAAACACAUCUAACACAUUCUCAGCGGCACGUUUCUUAACAUCAACUCCUAUUGGUAGCGAUCGAAUAUAUCCUAUCGUUGUCGAUGAUUGUUCUUCGAUCCGGCAAAGCUCUUCAUCGAAUACUACACAUUUUACUGAGAGUUCAUCGCAGCAGAUCUCAACAAGAAACGCUUCUGUUUCAAAUUAA